UAAAGACACCCCAGUGCGUUUUCGUACAUCGUUGCGAACGGUCGGUUACCGGAGCUCCUGAUUUAGGGAGAUCGCGUUAAAAUUUUAGCUCGAAUGCGGUGCGAUUAAGUACGUUCGGAAGAAAUGUGAUGAUUGAUAAAAUGUUAAGAUAUGUGUAGCGUGUUUUGAAUUAAUUAAUUUAGGAACUUAAUUUCGAAUUGUUAAGUGUUAAAUUGCAGUGACAGAGUGUGUGUGGAAGGAAAUAUUUUUGUAGUGGAUUUUUAAAAGAAUGCAACACUCCAUAAACCUCGAAACAGUGAACAGAAGAAGAUAACAGUGCCUAAAAUGACUAUUAAUUUAAGUAUACCAUGUGAAAUACUACAAAUGUGACCACAGAUCCAGUGCCAAAACAAUGCUUUGCUGUGGAGAACUCAAACUACUCUACGCCACUAUAAUUCUGUUACUAGAAGCCGAGUUGCUAGUGAAUACGGGUGCUAUGGAGUCGAAGAGGUCUUCCAUUUUGGUUUCACAGAAUGCGGACGAUUUGAAGUCGUUGGAGCUUUGCACUACAAGGAAUCAGCAACGGCUUGGUAGCGUGUUUGGGAACUUCACGAGACAUCACAAAAAAGGUCACAGAAGAAGAACAACAACUACAUCACAAGCCCCAACCACAGUGAACUUCUCAACAAUAAGCGGAGAAGAUCCGACAGAGUAUUACACCACUACGGAAUAUGUCCUCACCACAUAUCCUAAGUUACCAAAACCACUGCGCCUCACCUCCCUAUUAGAUAAAGAAUACAAUGAUGAUGUACAUAAUAUAAAUAACAUUAUAGAUGAAGUAACUAUAGGUAGAGGAAGACACAGUAAACACGAUAGAAUAACUGAUAAAGAAAUUUUAAAAGAACUAGAUGAAACAACACUAUCUAAAUCAAUGAAUAAAGUUAAGAAAAUGUAUAGAGAUUCAGCUGGUUCGACCGUUAAUAAGUUAAGUGGAAAAGUCAGUAAAGCUGGUAUAUUUUUGACUGAAAACUGUACAACAGUUAUAGCUCAAAUAGGUACGACGGCGAUACUGCACUGUGAAGUUAGUGAUAUCACCGAAAACACGGUAACGUGGAUACGAAGAAAAGACUACUCCUUGCUGUCAGUCGGUCUCGUGACCUACAGUGCUGACAGCAGGUUCUUCUCAGCUCAUGGGAGGCAUGUGAAGGACUGGGCGUUACACAUACGGUUCGCCACAUCAGCAGAUGCUGGCUACUACGAGUGCCAGGUCCCCACACACCCACCUACCAGUAUCUUCUUCAAGCUCGUCCUUGUCGCGGCGUACGCGGAGAUAGUGGGCGAGUCAGAGAAGAUCAUUCAUGAAGGUUCGAUGCUGAGGCUCGUGUGUGUCGUCAAGCGAUCCACUGAGCCGCCAUCUUACGUCUUCUGGUACUUCGAGAACAGAAUGAUCAACUACGAUUUGAAUGGCGUGAGUGUCCACAAUGGGCGGCAGACAAGCGAGCUGGUCAUUGGAAAGGCGGAGCCGCGCCAUGCCGGAAACUAUACUUGCGUGCCUGCUAAUGCAAAGGCAGCUUCUGUGACCGUUCAUGUUGUUCAAAGUGAAACACCAGCCGCAAUGCAACAUGGAAACAACUCUUCAGCGUCAAAUUCACAAACACAUUUACUGACCCAUCUCCUGGUGGCCCUGAUCGGUCUGAGGAUGAUCUUCCUACAAAACCAUCAGGAAUUUGGAUAACGUUGCUUGUAUUUUAAAGUUAAUUAAGUAAAAAAUGUCAUUGUAAUUAAUUUUCUAUGUAUAAAGUAAAUACUCUCUGAUGUUGAUCGUUUUCAGCUGUAGAUAGGUUGAAAGGAAUUGUGUAAAGUGCAUUAAUGGUAAAGAGCCACGUCAAUAUACUCCAGUAUGUCAUAUUUUGUU